AUGUUUGAUGAACGCUGCAUAUUGAAGGGGACGGAUUGGAGCGCUGUCGGACCAGUGGAGAAAGUUGUUUUGAAAGAUUCGGCUGAACGACGUCCUACAAAUGCAAUUGUUAUUUAUAAAUACGUUUUCUCCGUAACUCUUGCACUGGCACGGUUGGAGAAAGUUGUUCUGUACGGUCAACCAGUUUCAUUUCGACCUUUCGAAGACUACGUCCGUGAAGCAACUUUGGUAGAAGGAAUGUCAUUACAGUCCCGAAGGAUAUAUAAUUCGCAGGACUUUUCUUGGAGUUCUGAUUCACAGAGGCCAGUUGGAUUUGAAAGGGAGAAACGCUGCAUUAACUGCAAGAAACCGUAUUUUUGA